GGGUAUUGCUAAGGCUCUGCCUCAUCGCUUUCCGCUCGUCCUUCGUCGGGAGACCGCCUGCUCUGGCUUCUUCCCGCUUCGUCUCCGUCCGUCCGUCCGUCUCUCCCUCUCUUGCAAUUAGGGUUUCUCUCCUCUGCGAACGUCUCCCAGAAACCAUGGCGACGCUGGAGACGAUCGCCGACGCGAUCAAGCUCAUAGGCUCCAAGAAGGAGAGCCUCAAGAGGGCCUUCGACGAUCUCCGGGCCCAGUCCUCCCUCCUCUCUUCCUUCUCCCUCUCCUGGUCCGACAUCGACUCUCACUUCGCCCCCGCCGAGGCCUCCAUCGCCCGGAAGUUCGACCUCCUCGAGUCGCUCGAGUCCGCUCAUCGGCCACGACAGCAGCAGCAGCAGCAGCAACCGCCGCAGGAGCCGGAGGAGGAAGCGGCGCCGGAUGCUCGGCCCGACCCGCAUGCCCCCGUCCCGACCGAAUCGGCGGCGAUGCAGGCUGAACCGAUUUCCUCGCCCGGCGGUGCGGAAGAAGGUAACGAACCUCCUCCGUCGUCGUCCGGUCCCCCUAGCCAGUGCGCCGUCGAACCGCGGCCCGAGUUGAAGGUACUGUGCUCGAACAUGGACGGCUUAGGGUUGAGGAAUUACAUAGCGGGACACCACGUAGAGCGUGACCAAUUGCGUGCUGAGCUUUCCGGGGCGUUAGGUUUGGCUCCUGAUCCUGGGAAGUUAGUUCUGGAUGCGAUGGAAGGGUUUUAUGGUGAUCGCGUUACGGAGCGGGAGUUGAUGGUUGUUAGGAGGAACUGCGUGUUUCUUCUGGAAGUGCUGAUGAGAGUUCGCCUGAGUUUGAGCGACAAGGUGCGCGAGAGCUCGAAGAAGGUGGCGUUGGAUUGGAAGGGGAAGGUGAACCCAGAGGGUCCCCGACAUCCGAUGCAAGUGUUGGGUUUGCUGGAUUUGGUGGCCGCUUAUGGAUUGAUGUCUGAAUUCAGUGUGGAUGAGCUCGUUGAUUACUGCGUCAUUAUUGCACAUUUUGCUCAAUCGAGAGACUUGUGUCGGGCCUUGGGGUUGGAAGAUAAAGUUCCAGAUCUCAUCGAAAAACUUAUAAACAAGAGAAAAUACACACAGGCAGUCAAAUUCAUUUUUGACUUUGGGCUGACUGAGAAGUUCCCACCUGUUCCCAUUUUGAAAAAUUUUGUAAAGGAGUCUAAGAAGCUUGCUAGGAAAGUUUCCAAGGACGGAAACAAUUCUCGCAAGUCACAGAACGCAGCCAUGGCCCAGGAAAUAAUUGCGUUGAAGUCUGUAGUUAAGGUCAUGGAAGAGCGCAAACUUGAUUCCGAGUUUCAAGCAACCCUUGAAAGACGUAUUCAGCUACUAGAGAAGCUGAAGGCAGACAAAAUCCCUGCGGUGGCUACUGCUCCUCAGCCUCAGCAGCAGCUGCAAAAGCAAAAGGUAAAGCCGCAAUUUAGUGGGAAAAAGCGACCAAGGCCUAGUGCACGUGUUGGUUCUAUUGCAGCCUCUACGAAUAUCGCCGGUCCCACCUCGGCGGUGGCCACCUUCCAGCAAUCUCAUCCACAGACGUCUUCUGUAGGACCCCUCUCAUACCUGAGCACGUCUGCUGGAAUUUAUGGUUUGGGGGGAAAUAACCCAACAAUGGCCCCUUAUGCGGGGUCAUCCAAUGGGUUAUACAGUUUGGCUGGUGCCCCUAUGGGUUUCCCAGGUGAUCCAAGCCCUGCACGGCCUUAUUUGUAUCCAUCGGAAUCACAGAUGCCUACUAUCCAUUAUGAUAGGUCAACUUCCUAUGCUGGGCCGGGUGUCUCUUCUCAAUACUUUCCAUCCUACUAUGCUCGGUAGUUUUAGGUCUCUCUCUCUCUCUGCACUGUAUUUAGCAUUUUCCAAACGGGCAGUGCUGGUCAUACAAAAAUAUGCCUGACUCUUGCAAUUGCUUUUGUUGUGCACAAGUAGAUAUUAUCUUCACACCUGGGCGUGAAUACUGUCAUUAUUUGAUCUCUCAGAGAAGUUUUUAGCGACGAUUGAUUUAAAUCAGCUUGUUGUUAUUCUUUUUCAGCAUUGAGCAAGUAACACAGAAGAAGUAUAUAAUUGUCUUUCUUUCUAUUA